AUGUAAAGCAAAGUUCCAUUAAAAGCGAAAAUGCCACUACCUUAGCUUUGUAACUAUCGUAACUGCUUUCUUCCAUUGAUUUUUCUUACAUUCACAUGAACAAAUUCUUUUUAAUCCACCAUUAUGAUUCCCAUUUCUUGAAAAAUUCCAACAAAAUUCACUUUUUUUUCAUCCACUAGUAUCACCAUUUCUUGAAAAAUUACAACAAACAUCACUUCUUUGUUGAAAAAUUCACUUUUUUUCUCCAUUAAUAUCACCAUUUUAUGAAAAAUUUCAAUAAAGAUGGCUUUUUUCUAGACCCCCUUUUGAAUUCUUGAAGUAAAUUUCAACACCCCAUUUUUGGAUUCUUGAAUCUUGUUGUGUUUUUGAGUGAAAAUUUGACCAUUAAUAUCCUCAAUUCUUGAAAAAAUUCAAUAAAGAUCACUUUUUUGUAGACCCCCUUUUGAAUUGUUGAAGUAGAUUUGAACAAAAAUUGUGAUUUUUUGGUGUUUUUUGAGGUUCUUUAAUGGCUGCUAAGAAGGUUGGUGAUACCCUCUCAAGGGAAUUGGCAGAGGAGGUAAAGAAAUGGGGAUGUAUGAAGCAAACUGGUGUUAGUUUAAGGCAAAUGAUGAAUUUUGGGGGUAAAUUUUCUCAUAAGAAUUUGUUGAUUUCAGCUAAAUUUGUGCAUAGAGAGUUGAGGGUUAGGAUUGCUCGUAGAGUUAUUAAGCUUGAAAAUCUUCCUUAUGGAUUGUCUUCUAAGGCUGCUGUUUUAAAGGUCCGGGAUUGGUAUUUGGAUUCUUUCCGUGACCUUCGAUCCUAUCCAGAAAUAAAGGAUAAAAAUGAUGAGUUGGAAUUCACACAAAUGGUUAAGAUGAUUAAGGUCCGGCACAAUAAUGUCGUUCCAAUGAUGGCUUUGGGGGUCCAACAACUCAAGAAAGAGCGGCCUAAAUUUGAUUAUGAGGAUUUAAGAGAAAUACACCAAUUUCUUGAUCGAUUUUACAUGUCUAGAAUUGGGAUCCGCAUGCUUAUUGGGCAGCAUGUGGCCUUACACGAUCCUAAUCCACUUCCCAAUUGUGUGGGCUAUAUACAUACAAAAAUGUCUCCUCUGGAGGUUGCACGCAAUGCCAGUGAGGAUGCCCGGGGGAUUUGCUUACGUGAAUAUGGAAGCGCACCUGACAUUAACAUUUAUGGAGAUCCUGAUUUUACAUUCCCUUAUGUUCCAUCGCAUCUGCAUAUGAUGGUCUUUGAGUUGGUAAAGAACUCUGUCCGUGCUGUUCAAGAGCGGUUUAUGGACUCGGACAAAGUUGCCCCUCCUAUUCGUAUAAUUGUUGCUGAUGGUUUAGAGGAUGUCACCAUUAAGAUUUCUGAUGAAGGAGGUGGAAUACCGAGAAGUGGCCUUCCCAAAAUUUUUACUUAUCUCUACAGUACUGCAAGAAAUCCGCUGGACGAGGACUUUAUGACAACUGAUGUAGCUACUGCAUGCACGAUGGCUGGUUAUGGAUAUGGAAUUCCAAUAAGUCGUUUGUAUGCUCGUUACUUUGGAGGGGAUUUGCAGAUUAUCUCCAUGGAAGGCUAUGGUACAGACGCUUACCUUCACUUAUCGCGAUUGGGAGAUUCACAGGAGCCCUUAACUUGAUGUAUGACGUUGGGAGUUCAAUCGCGUUACGAAAAUUUGCUCUAGCUACUAACAAGGGGAGAACUUUGAAUCCUCAUUUUAGGGAAAAGUAAAUGUUGUUGUAAAUUGGCAAAAUCCUCUUUGUUGUAAGACAUUAAAAAAUGUCGCUUAAAACUUGGGUCACUUUGCAAUUUGACAAGUGAUAGUUUAAUAACAUUGAAAAAAAGAAGUUAUGAUUGUAGUUUUGUUAUAAGAGUUUGUAUCAAAUGAUGUAUGAUGUAUGUAUGUGCAUACAAUUUUUCUCACUUAAUUGUACUUAGUAAUUAAUAUAUUUACAUUCUAUUGAUUUACUUUUUCUCA